AUGUCUUUCGAGCUGGUGUCUUUCGAGAUUUUGACUUUCGAGCUAGUGUCUUUCGAGCUGAUGUCUUUCGAGCUGAUGUCAUACUCCCGAUUUUACAUGAUAAAAUGUGGUUCAAGACAUACACUGGCGCUCACCGAUGACGGCCGGGUGUAUGCCUGGGGUUGGAAUAAUUGGGGCCAAAUUGGUUGCGGUGAUGGCAAUUUUAACAAAGAAAAGAAAAACCAUGUCUUUAAUGAAGUGCAAAAUUUGGCAAAACUGGACUCAGAAUAUGUGGCCAAGUAUUACCACUCGUGGACUGAAUCCCAUUAUCUUUACAUUCAAAUGGAGUUCUGUUCGCAAAGUCUUAAAUCUGUUCUCAAAGACAAACCCAUUGUCUUCGAGAGACAACCGGAAGAAGCGAUGAAUAUCUUUGAAUAUUUCAUUUCAUGUGAAAUAUUCAAAGAGCUCUUAGAAUGUGUUGAAUAUCUUCACGAAUCCAAUCCUCCACUCAUUCAUCGGGAUCUCAAAACCGACAAUAUAUUGAUUAAACGCAACAUUAGAUCCAAUCGAUGGGUAAAAGUGUGUGACUUUGGUUUGGCCACCGAUCACGACAUGCCAUCCAUGAGCCACACGUCUAAUGUCGGGACUUCACAAUACAUGGCUCCCGAAGCACAUCAGCGCCGACAGUCGCCCGACCAGUGGUCGAGUGCUACAGGAAUACAACGACUGGUCUAUCAAUAA